CAACAGCUAUAUUCAUCAAGUUCUCACGUGGAUUGUAUAGAAUUCAUUACUUUUUUGCAGCCAAUUGCUCGCUUAAUGAAGCAGCGGAAGAAGAAAUCCCGAAUCUUUUUCUCUAUAUAUAACUAUGAAAACCACAAAAAUCUCCAUUGAGGGGGGCGGAAUCUCAACACAAACAAUUGUUGCAAUUGUUGUCCCAAUAUCUCUUGCCAUUGUGCUAUUGGUCGUGGGCUUUAGCAUAGCAAGGAGACCCAGGAAGCCAUAUUUUGCCAUUAUGGAAACAAGCGGUGCAAGUGAAAUCUCAACCGCAGAAUCAUUACAAUAUAACCUCAGUGAUAUUCAAGCCGCCACGAACAACUUUGCCGUUGGAAACAGAAUUGGAGAAGGUGGAUUUGGACCUGUAUACAAGGGUACACUUCAUAAUGGACAAGAGAUAGCUGUGAAAAGGCUAUCAAGAAGCUCAGCUCAAGGCACAGAAGAAUUUAAAAACGAAAUUGCCCUGGUUGCUAGGCUUCAACACAGAAACUUGGUCCGACUACUUGGUUUCUGCUUGGAAGGAGAAGAAAGAAUACUCAUCUAUGAAUUUGUGACCAACAAAAGUCUUGACUACUUUCUCUUUGACCCAGAAAAGCAACCACUUUUGGACUGGUCAAGACGAUUCAAGAUCAUAGGAGGAAUAGCAAAAGGACUUCUUUAUCUUCAUGAAGAUUCUCGACUUAGGAUUAUACAUCGUGAUCUUAAAGCCAGUAACGUAUUAUUAGACAGAAAUAUGAAUCCAAAGAUCGCUGAUUUUGGCUUGGCAAGGCUCUUUGGAGUUGAUCAAUCUGAAGGAAAUACAAGUAAAAUCGCAGGGACAUAUGGUUACAUGGCUCCUGAAUACUUGCACGGCUUGUUCUCUGUAAAAUCAGACGUGUUCAGUUUUGGUGUUCUAAUUUUAGAAAUUCUGAGUGGCAAGAAGAACAGUCAGUUCAACCAAGCUCAAGGAGGAGAUGACCUUCUAAGCUAUGCUUGGAGACAAUGGAGGGAUGGAACACCAUUAGCAUUGGUAGAUCCAACAAUCGGAGAUACAUAUGCAAGAAAUGAAGUUAUUCGAAGCAUCCAUGCUGGCUUGCUGUGCGUUCAAGACGAAAUUGAACGAAGGCCAACCAUGGCUUCAAUAGUUCUCAUGCUCAAUAGUAACUCUAUAACGUUGCUUGCACCAAAUCCGCCUGCAUAUUUUGGUCGUAGUAGAACACAAAGUUCACCUAACGAUUUACCAGUAUCUGAUUCAUCUACCAGCACCAAGUCAGCACCAAACCCGUCUAUCAACGAAGUUUCAAUCACUGAGUUACAUCCCAGAUAAACAACAGCAGAAUGAUAGACACCUCGAAUCACGUCAAGUAGUUGCAUAGGGAAAAUUUGUCAAGAUUUUGUAAGUUCAUUUUUUAAUUUAUUGUUUUGUACUCUGCAGGUUUUUAUCUGAAUUCUAGUACAGAAAGGUCAUGAAUUUUGUA